AUGGCGGACAUAAGCGCGGCGGCGGCGAUGUUAGACAUCAGUGUUACGGCGCGGGAUUCUGUUCGAUAUUUCAGCGACGCCCUCUGGCGCGUGUGUACGGCCAGGCUGCUGAGAGUUAGGCCGAGGGAGCUUUGGGCGGUGGAACCCUUUCGGCUUGUUGAGCGGCGACAGUGCGGCGCGACAGUACACCCGAUUGACGCUAUCGCGGGCGAGGAGGCGUCCGCGGGCGCCGGGGUUCUGCCGAGCUCUCGACGCCAACUGAUCCACUCGCUAAUACGACUAAAUCAAAGGAUCUUCCGAUGUGGCACCCCUGAGCUCGGCCCCAACUGGGUA